UGCUUCAUCAGAGAAAGAGAGAGAGGCCUUUUGCAGUAGCCCUCACACCGAACACCUCCUUCAGCAUGGAGACUCUCAUGGGACUUUUCUUCUGGUCUAUGCUUCUCACUACUGGUAGUUCACUGAAGUGUGAGGUCUGUAAAGCUGUUGGUAACAAUUGUACUGGCAAGAUAGUAGAAUGCGCUGCAAAGGAGAAUGCUUGUGGCACUAUGUGGGUUGAUGUCAGGAGAGACGAGGACACUGUCAGCACCAUCUCAAAGGGCUGCAUGUCAAAGAAGAUCUGCAAAUUCUUGAGAAUCACCAUAGGGAUACCCUACGGGAGAAAAACCCUUAAAAACAUUCAGUGCUCCAUGGCACCUCCAUCAACUGCCUCCCUACCUUUGGCUCUCUCUGGGUUCCUACUGAAGAAGAUCCUCCUUUAAUAAGCUUCUUCCACUGGCUCAGCACCAAA